AAGCUGAAAAAUCAAUAGAUGCGGACAGUGUUGCGAGAAUGCGCUUACAGAAACUGGGCGAGAGCUUCAUGCGGCAGUUUGAGAACUCGGAUGAUAGUGCGGAUUCAGACGUCGGUGAGGAUCAGGCUUUCAUUGCAAAGUCUGGACCUCAGGUCGGCUGUGCUCGACGCAGUAGCGAUGAGAUACGUGGCGAGCACAAGGAUAGCGAUAGCGAAAGUUUAAGCGAACGUGAAAGCGAAAGCGAAAACGAAAGUGAAAGCGAAAGUGAAAGUAAUAGUGAGAGCGACGAGUCUCGUGCAGUAGGUGACGAUGAGUCGAAUAGCCAUACGAGCGGGAUAAAAAGGCGUAAAUCUCAUGCCAAGGGUGAAGAAGACACUUCGCCAACCUGUCGGAGAAAGGUGAUGGGAAGGGCGACAGGUUUCGCAAACAAUUCGCAAAAUACGCGCACACGAGUGGUUUCUCAGAAAAUACAAAAGAGGCAACCGCUAGUAGUUGAUGCCACUGGCUAUGGCAACAUGAACAAUAAAUUUCAGGAGACGGCGAUGCGCAAGGAGCGUCAAAAUUUUUUGUCGGCGAAGGUGUCGGAUGUACACACGAAGGUAGGCAGGGAACAGAAAUCGAUGGAAUUAGGUGAUAAAUUCAGCGGAAACUAUCUGGAUUGGAUGGAAGAUGUGCAUAAAGAGGUUGAAAAAUUAGGUAGGUGCUUCCCGUAG